AUGACCACGACCGACGACAAACCAUACAAAUUGAGUCGCGUGAUCGAGGCGCACAAAUCGGACGUCAAAUGCCUGCAGUCGACGUCCAGUGGGCUGCUGAUCAGCGGAGGUCGUGACGAGACUGUCAGAUUCUGGCAAAAGAAGGGUGGCGAAUUUACCGAAGUCAGCAACUUCCCGCAAGGCGCAAACGUUUACGUCAAUUCUCUGGCGUAUUACGAAGCUCAGGACAAUAAUGAAUGGCGGCUUUUCGUGGGCAGGAAAGAUGGCGUUGUGAAUGUCUAUGGCCCCGGCACCACUCCGGAUAAACCGAUUCAUACCCUCAUACUCCACGAGCAGAACGUUUCCUGCAUGUCCGUCGACCAGAAACAAGGGCUACUUUUGACUGGUUCCUGGGACAAAACUGCCAUGGUCUUGUCAGUGCACGACCCAAUCGAGGAGCACCAAAAAGGAAUUCGGCUGGUCGGGCAUACUCUCUCCGUGUUGGCUGUGCAGACGUUGCCCGAGGAAGGCUGGUUCUUGACGGCGGGCUCCGAUCGAACCGUUCGCAUGUGGAAGAAUGACAUUGAGAAGGGACAAUUUACUGGACACAAGGAUGUCGUUCGAGCGCUGUGCGUUCUGUCCCGUGAGCGUUUCCUUUCCGCCUCCAACGACGCGACGAUCAUUUUGUGGGAUAUCACUGAUGGCUCGGCCAUCUCCAAGUUUAGCUCUUUGAUGGAUAACUUUAUCUACAGCCUUACUCCCCAGCCAAAUGGCGGCUUCGUGACGACCAGCGAGGGUGGCUUCGUCGAAGUGUGGAAAAAGCUUGAAGAUGAAGAGUUUACAUUCACUAAUGACGACUGCAUCAAAACGCCGGCGAAUUCGAUUUGGACCGCCUGCACUCUUCCGAACGGAGACCUGGUGACCGCUGGCAGUGAUGGCAAAAUUUACAUCUGGACACGCAACGAAAAGCGUGAAGCAUCGGCUACCGUCAGGGAGACAUUUGAUGCGGCUGUUGCGGAGAAGACCGCAAAGGAAAUGGAGCUCGCUGAAAAACAGUCCAGCGAGACUGUCGUCAUCAAGGUCUCACUUGACGACAGCGGCAGCCAGCUGGAAUUGCGAUAUCAGAAAGGUUCUGAUCCGUCCAUUGCCGCCCAAAAGUUUAUCACGGACAAUAACCUGCCGGCUUCCUACCUCAACGAAAUCACCGACUAUAUUGUGCAAAACAUUCCGGAGGCCAAGGCGGCUGUUGCCAAGAAAUAUCGCACCCAAGAGACCCAACGGAUCAAUGUGGAUGGAGAGCUUUGGGACUAUGCUUUUGACGUUAGCGUGGACGAUGGACGACAGUUGCGCCUUUGCUACAAUGCGGGCGAAGAUAUGGACUAUGCCGCGCAACGCUUCGUGGAAAAGCACAACCUGCCAAUGAAGUUUUUGGCCCAGGUCUCCGGACUGUUGCGAAGGGAAAUGGCCGGGCACGCCCCUGAGCCAGCAAUGCCCGUUGCUGCCGUUGCCGAUCCCUUCACCGGUGGAGGACGCUAUAUCCCCGGCGGAGCUUCGUCCGGCACUGAAGGCACAGCCGAUCCAUUCACCGGCGGCGGGCGUUAUGUCCCCGGGUCGGCACCUGCCACUCAGCCGACGACACGCCAUGCGGAUAAGACUCGUCCAAAAGGAGAAUUUUGGCCAAUCAGCUCGUACUACACCUUCGGCGUCGAGCAGUUGAGUCAGAAGGCCAAGGAUAAGCUGCUCGAAAUCAACGCCAAGCAAACGGGCUUCCAACUCAACGAUGAGCAGAUGAGCUCUCUUUUCGACGUGCUGAGCGUCCCACCUGGCAGUCUCGAAAUCACAGACACCCUCACCGCCGCCAUCGAUCUCGCUUUUCGCUGGGAGAUCCAGGACCUUCUGCCGGCCGUCGACAUAUUCCGAAUUGCCCUGUUGCACGAGAAGCUGAAUGAUCUUUAUUGCAGCCCCAAGAAGCGUGGCCGCGAAACCUUGGAGCGCUUGAAUGCCAUCAUGAUUUCCGACCCUCCGGAUGCGAUCCGUGCCCUGGUCUGCCGCGCCAUCGCCAACGCAUUUACGCAUGAUGGAGGACGCGAAAUGAUGAUGAUGGACGUCAAGUAUACGGCCAAGCUUCUCGCGCAACAAAUCCUUCACGCGAAGCCGGUGGUGCAGGUGGCUGCUGCGACGGCUCUCGCCAAUUGGGCCCUGCUUCUCCUGCAGCGCUCCCUGCACAUUUCCGAGCUUGGGCCGAGGGAGGAUCUGAUCCGUGUCAUUAUCGAGACAUUCGAAGAGGAGCCGGCUUUUGGUGGCCGUUCGGAAGUGGCCCUUUUCCGUCUGAUGCAGUGCCUUGUCUCAUUGAUGUGGGGUGAUUCCCAAGUGAUCAAGACUUGCAAAAACCGCAACCUCGCCUCGAUCGUCUCCAAACUGAAGGACAGCGUCGUCGAGGAGAACGGCAAGGCUAUCGCCCGCGACAUCGUUGAAAUGAUUAAUGCUGUU